UAUCUCAAUCCUAUUUAGGCUGUCCUUGCACCAUCGCCUUCUCCCAAAAAGUAAAAAGAGAAAACAACCUACCCCCACCCCACCCUACCCAACAACAACAAAAAAUAAAAAGAGCAGCAAGAUAUCUAUAAAUUGAAGAUAUCCUUUUCACAUUGACAUCCUUAGUUCUUAGUUCUUCCGAGUUCCUCUCCCUUUCCCGACCUUCACAGCCGCGCGCCGCUCGAGGAAUCAUAAAGGAAGCAAGUUUGUCUUUUUCGCCGCCGUCUAUGGAUAUUCAUCCUCCUCCUCAGCCAAUAGAGGGACUCCAUGACGCAGGCCCUCCACCCUUCCUUACCAAAACCUAUGACUUCGUCGACGACCCCACAACAAACAAUAUUGUUUCUUGGAGUACAGGGAGCAACAGCUUCAUCGUUUGGGAUCCCCAGAUCUUUGCAACGAGUCUUCUCCCCAGAUACUUCAAGCACAACAAUUUCUCUAGCUUUGUCAGGCAGCUCAACACUUAUGGCUUUAGGAAGGUUGAUCCAGAGAGGUGGGAGUUUGCCAAUGAAGGGUUUCUUAGAGGAAGGAAGCAGCUUCUGAAGAACAUCAGGAGGAAGGCGACUCAACCUCAGGCUUCACAGCAGCCUCUGGACGCUUGUGUUGAGGUUGGGCGGUUUGGAUUAGAUGGAGAAGUUGAUUGGUUGAGGCGUGACAAGCAGGUUCUAAUGGCAGAACUGGUGAAGCUUAGACAGGAACAGCAGAAUACUAGAACUUACCUUCAAUCAAUGGAAGAUAGACUUAGAAAGACAGAACGGAAACAGCAUCAGACGAUGAAUUUCUUGGCAAGAGCAAUGCAGAAUCCCAACUUUUUACAGCAAUUAGUUCAGCAGAAGAACAGAAGAAAAGAAUUCGAGGCAGCAAUAAGUAAGAAGAGAAGGCGACCUAUUGAUCAAGGUGGAGGAGGAACCUUUGUUGUUAAAGUUGAGCCUCAGGAUUCCAGUGGCAUGUCCGAGUUAGAAGUUUCAGAGCUGGACAGAUCACUUGGUAUUAACAUGCAAAAGAACCCAUUGGAAGAACAUAUCGAGAAUGGAGAUCAGGAACAUGAUGAAGGAUUCUGGGAAAAUUUGUUAAAUGAGAAUAUCGAAGAAGAAAUUGUCCUAUGGCCGGGUCUUGAACAAGAAGAUGAUGAUGAGGAAGAUCAUGUGGAUGUUUUGGCUGAGCAGCUCGAUUACUUGGCCUCUACUCCUAAUUAAAUAGAUGUUCAGAAGUGUACUAUUUUGCUUCAAUUAUGAUCAGCUGGCUUUGGCUUGGAGAGUACUUGUUAUCUGACUGCCAAAUUAAUCUACUGUUUGUUUUCCUAUUUAUUUAGGUCUCCUGGGUUUCUUGGAAUGGACAAGCUAGGGAGCGCAUGCAAUACAUGAACACUCAACUCUCAAGAAUGUACUUCAAAGGGCUAAGCAGACGGCAUAAAUGCAUGACAUUGCAAACAAUAUUAAUUGCUUGUUUUGUAUAAGUACUCUACAAUUAAUUCUAUCUCUUUUAGGUGCCCUUGAAUGUGAUUAAUUAAUUGUCUCCCAUUGAUCUUUAAUUAGUGGUGGACGUCUAAUAUUGCCUUUCCCUUUAGUACGCAGGUUUGAAUUGCUAUAUUGAUUUUUCAUUCUUCUUCUCAAAAUAUAUAGAAAACUCCAUGCAUGAACUCUUUAACAGAUUGUAAUUGCUUCUUAUGCAAGGAAUGGGAGUAAAUUUAGUCAUAUGCAGCUGGACUUGAUGAGGAGCUAGGGUUAGCUCCAAACAAUAAAACCCAUAUGCGGACAACACAUUUCAGAUCAUGCAUGCUACACUUUGUCUCUCACUGUUUUCGGAUGGUACAUGGAUGACAGUGAUGCAGACCAGAGACUUCCCCAUCACAAGGAACGAAAGGAGUUUGUAUCCAUAGAUCAACUUGCUGAACUCGGAGUACUCAGUUGGCGACUGGAUGCUGAUAACUAUGAAGCUGAUGAGGUGUUAAAGAAGAUUCGUGAAGACCGUGGUUAUUCCUA